AUGUCUGAAUUCCCCUCAAUCAAGCCUGCCUUUACGGUCCAGCCCAUGUCGGGUGGCAUAUUGAAGAGUGACCUGACAUUUGAGCCCGCUAUUGAUGCAGAAUUCGUUGGCGUUGGCAAUGAUUAUAUCCACGCCGAUCCGGAUGGCCAGCAUCCGCGUUUGAAUGCCCAUGGUGUUGUCAAAACCAAUGAUGGAGCCCUCCUCUAUGUCAACUAUACCGGUGUGGUUGCCAUGGGACCACUAGAUCACCCAUUUCACUUUCGAGGUAAAUCCAACUCGAUGGAGGCAAGUUGGUCUAUUGCAGACUGUAUAAUACUAUAUACCGGCAACGCACGCUACAAGGAAAUUGAAAACCGCGUCUUCGUUGGUCAGGGACGGUUCAGGACCGAAAAGGACAAGCCGAUUGUUGUCGAGUACAAGGUUGGCCAGGUGGUCAGCAGCUGA